UCCGCUGUUCGAUAAUUUAUUCUUGAAAACAACGCUGAGGGUGAUAACACAUCGAUUUACAUACACGAUGCUCGUUACGUGAUAUUUUUAUAUAACUCGCUUUACAUUCGGGACAAUCGUGAGUAUAUCAUUGACAAUUUCACAAUAGCGCGCGUGUGCGUUAUCUUUCACUUAUCACUGCAUCAUCACAACGUGUUUGUUGAAAAAUUAAUUCACCAGAAUAUCUACUUCUAACGGAAACACAGCACUUUCAAACGUACCGCCACCUUUUGCUACAGCUGCUUUCCGCGUUUGCGUCCAACCGAGGUUGGUUUGACAUUUGUGCUUUUCCCGAUAAGAUACGAGGAGGACGUAGAACGCAAUUACCGCAAAGUUAGUUGGGUGAUGGACUGACGUAAGACAGUCUGUCGCUCGAUAAUGCCGAUAAAAUUAUUAAUCAAUUACUCCGUGCACUUUGGCGGCGAGUCGCGCACGUUAUACGUGAUCAAUAAUGCAGUGACUCUAAAGUCUAAGUGAUCGGCCAACGUACGAAAGUGAGAUCCGGUGGAACAUGCUCGUCUGCUGUUUGUGUCGUCGUCGUUAAGUAACAAGUCAUGCCCGGCGAACCAUCGGCCACAACUGGAAGUAAAUCCAGUGGCAAGGCUAAGAGGAUCUCCAUACCACGCGUACAAAGCAGCACCGACACCGAGCUACAGUCGCAACAGAGCGGCUCGACCCCGUUGCAGCCCGCGUUGCACUAUAUUUGCUUUCGCUCGGAGUUAGAGGACAGCCCAGUCCCGCCGGCUCUGCGAUGCCGCCUGUAUGAUCUCUUUCAGCAGAUCGAGAAGGAAUUCGAAAUGCUCUACACCGAGAAUAUAGGAUUACAGGAGAAGAUUGACAUUUUAAACGACAGACUCGAGAGGGAAUGCUAUGGGUCAGGUGAGCGCAGUUUACCUCCAGGAGAUCUUAUGGAUUACCCGGAAACGAAGAAUCUCUCCAAGCAAAAAUCGAUGGGUGCGAACUCUGCGCAAAAGAUCAAAGCUUCUCACAAGCUGAAGGCGCAGACCAGUAAAAUAGUAUCGAGCUUCAAAACACCAUCGAUGACUUGUACUAUGCAAAGAGAGUACGUGGGUCAUCGCGAUGGCGUAUGGGAGGUGUCUGUGGGCAGGUCUGGCCAACCUAUCGUAGCAACUGCCUCCGCUGAUCAUACAGCACGCAUAUGGGCGAUAGACAGUGGCCGAUGUUUAUUGCAGUACAUCGGUCAUGGCGGAUCCGUGAAUUCGGUGCGAUUUCACCCGAACCGGGAAUUAGCGUUAUCAGCGAGCGGCGACAAUUCCGCUCACGUGUGGCAAGCAGCUGUCGACUGGGACAUGCCAAAAAGAGUACCGUCGUUGGAGGAACUUCCAGUAGCCAGCUCGGAACGAUCUGCUACCAAUAAUCUAAUCAGCAACAACGAGGAACAAGACGAUCCUCCGACUCUGAGAACACCGAUACGCGAGCUCUUCGGCCAUACGAACGUCGUGAUGGCCGCGGACUGGCUUCCCGGCGCUGAACAGUUGGUUACAGCCUCCUGGGAUAGAACGGCGAACUUGUACGACACGGAAACCGGAGAAAUUAUACACACCCUGUGCGGGCACGAUCAAGAAUUGACUCACGUAUCGACUCAUCACACGCAGAGAUUGUGUGUCACGUCCAGCAGAGAUAACACGUUUCGGCUGUGGGACUUCCGGGAGCCGAUACACUCGGUGUCGGUGUUCCAAGGUCAUACGGAAACCGUAACGUCUGCCGUUUUUACACGGGAAGAUAAAAUCGUAUCUGGAUCGGACGACAGAAGCGUGAAGGUGUGGGAACUACGUAACAUACGCAGUCCAUUGGCGACAAUACGCGGAGAUAGUGCUGCCAAUCGGUUGUCAGUUUCUAGUACCGGGAUCGUGGCAAUACCACAUGACAAUAGACAAAUACGUUUAUUCGACUUAAGCGGUCAACGUCUGGCAAGACUACCUAGAACCAGCAGACAGGGUCAUCGUAGGAUGGUGUGCUCCGUCGCCUGGCUGGAAGAUAAUAGCGUGUGUAAUUUAUUUUCUUGCGGUUUCGACAGACUAGUCUUGGGCUGGAGCAUUCUUCCCGUUAAAGAUGCUUGAAAACUGAUCAAAAAACUAUGUAUG